UUUCUUAGUUCUCCCCUACGCUGUCGAUUUGAGGUGCAUUGCCAUUAUCCGUUGUUGAAUAGCCGGCGGUGAACAACAUGGCGGACAAGGCUGUCACCAUUCGAACCCGAAAGUUUAUGACUAAUAGACUUCUCUCCAGAAAGCAAUUCAUCAUUGAUGUCCUUCAUCCAGGGAGGGCUAACGUUUCCAAGGCGGAGCUAAAGGAAAAACUGGCAAGAAUGUAUGAGGUGAAGGACACUAACGCUGUAUUUGUCUUCAAGUUCCGAACUCAUUUUGGAGGUGGCAAGUCAACUGGUUUUGGUUUGAUUUAUGAUUCUGUUGAGAAUGCAAAGAAGUUCGAGCCCAAGUACAGGCUUAUCAGGAAUGGACUUGAUACUAAGGUAGAAAAGUCAAGGAAGCAAAUGAAGGAGAGAAAGAAUAGAGCUAAGAAGAUUCGUGGAGUAAAGAAGACCAAGGCUUCAGAUGCUGCCAAGGCUGGGAAAAAGAAAUGAGUUGAGACAUCCUGUUCUGAUUUUAAAGUUCUAUUGCUAUUGGUAUUUUCCAAUGGCUAUUUUAUUUUCUGAUAGCUUCCUAGAAUGAAAUGUCUUGCAGUAAGUGUUGAUCAUACUUUAAUUUAUGUUCAGUUAUAACUUGUGAUUGAGUGCAAGCAGUGAGCAAUUUUGAGAAUUCGGUUGAACACUUCCAUUUGUUUUCAAAUAUUAGUAGAACGUCAUUUAUUUGUUCCGAAA